AUGUCAAGGUUAAGUUUUGAAGUUCCAGUUAAGUCCAAGUAUAGUUUGAAGUCAAGUGUGUUGAAGUCCAAGUGUAAGUUAAGGUUUGAAGUCCAAGUUCCAAGUAAGUCAAGGUAUAAGUUUUCAAGUUCAAGGUAUAAGUUUGAAGUCAAGCGUAAGCCAAGUCCAAGUGAAGUCAAGGUUAUAAGUUUGAAGUCAAAGCGUAAGUCAAGGUAUAAGUUUGAAGUCAAAAAUGUAAGUCAAGGUUUAAGUUUGAAGUCCAAGUGUAAGUCAAGGUAUAAGUUUGAAGUCAGAAUGACCAUCAUCCUAUUCUUGGACACCUAUUUUUGGAAUGUUACAUUUUGCUGGACAUUUACGAAGGUUUCUGACUGCCGCGCAAAGCCUAUUCGGAUAGUCGGAUGGGGAAAAAAACCUGCUCGGGGACUGUGUCUCUGCCCGCGAGGUACUGAGACCGCGAGGGCGUGGCUGAGGAUGAGCGGGUAUAUAAGAACCGUCUCUUCUGCCCACCGCCACAUCGUCCUCGACCUUCACCGCGACAUGAAGAUUCUCGUGUUGACAGCGCUGGUGGCCUCGUGCUGCGCGGCCCCGCAGGUGUACCCGGCGGUGUCAGCUCCAAGCGCCCUGGUUUACGCUCAGUCCAACUCUCCCGCCGUGAUGAAGAUCCCUGAGCCGGGCAUCAACCUGGGCGCUCCCCUCGCCGCCCGCGCCCCCGUCGCCCCCGUCGUCGCUGCCCCAGUCCCCUUCGUCCAGAGCGCCGCCCCCAUCCCCGUGGCUCCAGCUGCCCCGCUGCUGAAGACCGCGGCCGUCGUGUCCUCUGCUGUCCCUGUCCCUGUGGCUCCGGCUGCCCCUAUCCCAGUGGCUCCAGCUGCUCCUUUCCCUGUGGCUCCGAUUGCCCCUAUGGUCAAGAGCGCUGUCCCCGUCACUGUAGUGGCACCACCUGAGCCCCUGAUGGCCCCUGAACCCCCCAUGCCCUCCCUCAGCGUCCCUCACGUGGGAGGCCAAUUCCACGCCCAGGACGAGGCUGGUCAGUAUUCCUUCGGCCACUACGGCGGCCCCAACACCCGCGUGGAGACCAGGGACUUUAUGGGCCGAACCUUCGGCAGUUUCGCCUACAUGGACUCCGAGGGGGACGUCCAGGUGAGGAAGUACGCCGCUGCUCCUCUCACCGGUUUCAGGGUGGCCGCCACUGACCUCGUCGAGGACACGAUCGCCGUGGCUGAGGUCAAGUCCAUCCUCGCCCGCGCCCGAGCUGCCAAUUCCCUGGUCACACCUGCUUAAGUCACAACGUCGUUUCACAUACACAGAACCUGUAAAUAUAUACAGUAAAAUUAACAUGGACUUC